AGAACGAGUCUAACCGUGGCACAGUGAGGAUCAGGUUCUUGCUGAUCGAAACAACGUCUGCGUACGACGUGUCCACGCAGGGCGUCUACGAAAUUAACCGCGCCGCGGUUUCAAAGAGAGAAACGUCACAGAAAAGUCAAACCGCUCGACGGGACUCUUAUUGUCAACGACUCUGCUGCUCUUCUGAAACACGUACGAAUAAAAAAUCGAGAACAAUCAGCGAUCGUGGCGCGACAUCGGCCACGACGAAAUUACGACCACGGCGCGCGAAGACUGAAGACGGAAAUUCGCCAGGAAUUCGAAUUGAAUUAUAAGAAUCGGCAAACUCUGCAAGCUCUGUAAAUUUUAAAGAAGAGAGUCUCGAAAUGCUGGCAACUUCAUUCCGUUACGAGGUGAAUUAUCACACUACGCUGUUGCCCAUGACGUCGCAAGUACCACGUUGCCUGUUCGGCAAGCCGAACCCACGGGACACCAUCGAGAUGCUCCAGGAGGCGUUGGACGCGGAGAGGAGCAGGUUCGCCAAGAGAUGGGGAGUGAAUCCCCUUUCCGAGGACAAAGAGAAUAAUUAUCAGAGACGGAACAAGGAGCGGAUCGAGCUGUCGCCCAACAAAAAGCGCAGUAAUCCGUAUUCAAGGCAAACCAACAUUCACGAUUUCUGGAGAUCUCGAAAGAGCGACAAGAAGCCUCUGGCAACGUCGAUGGACGUCGUAUCGAAGCAACAUAGUGUGGAAUCGAAAACAACGAAAACACCGGUCACGACAACACCGACAAAGAAGACGACGUUGAAUUGAGGCGAUUAUAUUGAUCCCUUAUUAUAGACCCCGUGCACACGUGCGGUUUUCUCAACGUCAAGUUUUGCUACGCGGCGACAACAUUAUUGUUACUUCGAACACGCAACAUACGAGCGUCUCAAAAAGUCGCUUCGAGGUUUUUUUUAGCUUAAAAUUGUUACGUAAAGGUUAAUUAUAUUGUUGAAAUUAUUAGAACCGAUUCGAACAUCUUAGCUUCAAGAUGAAAAAAAAAAAAAAAUCUAAAAACACUGCUUAAAUUGCAUAUUAGGUUUUUGUUAAUUAAAUAGUAUGAAUUUGAAUGUGCGCACGGGGAUUUGGAAACUCCAUUAUGUAAAUCAGCGCUAUGGAAAGUUGUAUAUUUAUUCUUUCAUCUUUCGAGUAUUACUAUCGUCGAUAAUUUAGUUGUAGUAAUAUUUCGUAGGAUUAAUCGCAACAGACAUAAAUAUUAAGUAAGUUUUUUUGUACAUAAUUUGCUAAACGCGAUUUAUGGAGGUUACAGAUGGAUUCACUGCCAUAUUAAGACAUUUCGUCAUUUCGAAUUGGAAUUAACGCUCAAAUUUUUAUGACUGAUGAGUCAUUGUUUUGAUUUUCGAUGAUCCAAUCGAAACUAUUAUUAUUAUUAUUAGUUUUAUCUCUCUUCUUUUGCGAUAAGUCAGACAGACUUGCGAUUUAUCGACGUGUUUUCCUCAUUAACGAGUCUCAAGCACAAUGGCAAUGAAGAUCCAUCGAAAGCCUGAAACGGUUGGUUCCUUCGAUGGAGCAACAAUGCAGCGCCUCCAAAGACUAACUUGAUUGACAAUUACGUCAACUCUACUUGCAACUCUCCUCUCUCGUCACGCGAGAGACAAGGAGACAGUCCUAUGUACAUGUUCGUCGUUUUUAGGAUUUAAGAAUCUCCUCUAGUCAUAGCGAGUAAAAUAAUAAACUAUUUUGCUUUUUA